UGGCCCGAGCUGCGGGGUUUGGGCCCCCGUGGGGCGGCCGCGCGGGCCGAUGGCGACAGAGCGGGCGCCGAUCCUGUUGAAGGUGCCGAAGUGGAUCUCGGAGUCCUGGCUCGCGGCCGCCCCCGGGGUGGAGGUGGCCAGUGUGGACCUCCAGGCCGGGGUGCUGCGACUGCCCGCGGGCAGUGGCAAGGUCAGCCAGCCCUCGACCCUGGCGUUGGUGCAGCGCGACGCCCCAGAGCUCUUCGCGUACCCCAAGGGCGACGGAGACGUGGCCGUCCACGGGCCCGUGGUCGCCCUCACCGUCACGGCCGACGCACGGGACGGUGGCUACCGUGGCCUGGUGGAGCAGCGGGCGCAGGAUUCGUUUUCGAAGAGCAGCGCGAGCAGGACCGUGGGCUCCGAGAAGAAGAUCCUCCACCUCGACACGAAGCCGACGGUGGAGCUGAAGGUGGGCACCGCGAUCCCGAAGACGCGCCAGGAGCUCUACGACCUCUUCAUGGCGGAGGGCCCGCCGGCCUCGGAGAUCAUGGCGGCGGUCUCGGACCUGCUGCAGGCCGCGGGCCGCGAGGGGCUCACCUGCGAGCAGCUGCUGGAGCGGCUCCCGCUGGGCCCCAGCUUCGUGGCGGUGCGCAGGGCGCUGGUGGUCCUGGCCGAGCCCCGGGAGGAUCGGGGGCGGGCCAGCGCCGCUUCGUGUACGGCCCGCUGUAUCGCCGCCCCGGCUGGGCCCGCGCCGCGCCCGCGCAGCGCGCCGCGCCCGUGUCCCGGUUUAGCGACCUUGCGCCAGCAGCGCCACCGCCGGCGCCGGCGCCUGCGCCGGUGCCAGCGAAGCCCUCGCCGGCGCCCGCACGGGCGCCCGCCGCUGCUCCUGCCGCCUCGGUGGCGGCCUCGGCAGCGGCGGGGCCGCUGCUGAAGCGCAAGCGGUGAGCAGCAGCGCCAGCGGCACCGCCAGGGCCGGCAUCGUCGCCUGCACGGGUGCCCGCUGGCCCGCUGGCCCCGGGGCGCGCCGGCGGCAGGGCCGCUCGGGAAGGGGCAAGCGCUGAGGCCACCUGGUCGCGGCCCGUCUCUCGUCCUUCCUGGGCCUCCGGCACCGCGCCCGUGGUUCGAGGCCGAGCUUCUGCCUGCCAUGUGCGGGGCCCCUAUCGAGGCGCCGAGAGGCUUGCCUCUCCUGGCGCCACGGUGGCGCCACGGCUGGACCAGCCUGGAGGUUCUGUUUCCACCCUGCUCCUUGCCCCCCUCCUCCUAUGCCUUAUCGUCCUACUCUCGCCACCUGCAGUGCCCGCAAGAUGCAGCCGCAGGCCCUUCGAUAAUUACAGGGCGGGCAGCGGUGUCGGUAGAAAA